AUGGGCCUCCAAGUGGUAGCAGCGCUGGCGGUAGUAGCCGUGGGCUCACCUGUACCAGACAAUUGUGCCGUGCCAUGUGGAACUGUCGGCCAAACCUAUGUGGCUUUGCCACUCCAGUACCAGGCAGCCUAUGCAGUUGGUGCUGGCCCAGUGGCACCAACUCCUGAAGUCCAGCAAGCUACUGCAGCUUUCAUGGCUGCCUGGAAUGCUGCUGCCGCUGGAGCAAAUACCCUUACAUCGACGCUAUUGACGCCAUCAGGAUAUGUUCAAAAUCCUGCACAAGUCCACACAGCCUGUUCACAGUUCUUGGCAGCAUGGAAUCAAGCUGCUACACGUGCAGCAACUGUCCAGCAUGCAGUCUACUCUCUUCCACAACCAGUUCGGCAAACUGAAGAAGUAAGGAAAGCUACUGAGGAGUUUAUGGCUGCAUGGAGGGCUGCUGCUCAGCGUGUUUCAACUAUUCAGCAAGCAAUCCCUGUUUCUGUUGAUCCUUAUUCCUCUGCACCUAAGCCGGUAGAAGCUACUGAAGAGGUCAAAAGGGCUACAGCUGAAUUCAUGGAAGCUUGGAAUAAGGCUGCAGCAAGAGUGCCAUCUAUUCAAACCACCAUGUACCAGCUCUCAGGAACAACAGCAGCUGCUGCUCCUCAAGCAGCAGGAUCUACUCCCCAGUUUACUCCAUCGGUUGAACAAGCUACUGCUGAGUUCAUGAAGGCAUGGAAUGCUGCUGCUGCUGCAGCUGCAGCUGCUCCUGAUGUCAAUAUCAUCAUGGGUGCUAGCUCACGUCCCCAAUCUGUUGGUACCUACUCUGCCCCUUCUUACACUCCAGCUGCUCCUUCUGUACCUUCACAUGGAGCUCCCCAGCCAGUUCAACCUACUCCUGAAGUUCAGAGAGCUACUGCAGAAUUCAUGGCUGCAUGGAAUAAGGCUGCUGCACGAGCAACCAAGAUUCAGUCAGUCUUAGUUAAGUCUGGAACUCCUGGUCAUUACAACAUUCAGGUUCCUCAGCAGGUUCAGGCUACCAGGGAAGUGCAAAAGGCUACAGCUGAAUUCAUGGCUGCAUGGAAUGAAGCUGCACGUCGGGCAACUACUGUACAGCAUGCUAUGUAUUCUGUACCUCAGCCAGUCCAGCCAACUGAAGAAGUUCGACGAGCUACUGCUGAGUUCAUGGCUUCUUGGGAAGCUGCUGCACAGAGAGCAUCUGCUAUCAGACAAGCAGUGAGUGUGACUGCUGAUCCUUAUUCUGCUGCACCAAAACAGGUAGAGGCUACUGAGGAAGUUAAGAGAGCCACAGCUGAAUUCAUGGAUGCUUGGAAUAAGGCUGCAGCUAGAGUAGGAGCCAUUCAGACUACUGUUUACCAAGUAGCAGGUACUGUACCAGCUGCUGCUCCUGCUCAAGCUUCUGGUUCAGCUCCUCGCUUCACCCCAUCAGUGGAACAAGCAACUGCUGAAUUCAUGAAGGCAUGGAAUGCUGCUGCUGCUGCCGCUGCAGCUGCUCCUGAUGUCAAUAUCAUCAUGGGUGCUGGUUCCCGGCCUCAGGCUCCUUCCCACUCUUUUAGCUAUUCAGCACCCACCUCUGCUGUGCAUACGUAUGGUGUUCCCCAACCUGUACAACCCACCCCUGAAGUUCAGAGAGCAACAGCUGAAUUCAUGGCAGCAUGGAAUGCUGCUGCUCAGGGGGCUACACAGAUUCAGACAUCUCUGGUGAAAUCUGGUCAAGCUCCUACACAGGUUGUUGCAACAGAUGCUGUCAAGAAGGCAACACAAGAGUUCAUGGCAGCAUACAAUGCAGCUGCUAGAAGAGCAGGUGUUGUUGAACAGGCAGUGUCAACCAUUCCACAACAGGUCCAACAGACUGAGGAGGUUAAGAGAGCUACAGCAGAAUUCAUGACUGCAUGGCAUGAUGCUGCUCAACGAGCAUCAGCCAUUAAGCUGACAGUAUCAGGACCACAGCCAGUGCAACCAACUGAUGAGGUGCAGAGAGCUACAGCUGCAUUCAUGGCUGCUUGGAAUCGCGCUGCUUCCCGAGUUCCAAAGAUUGAGACAACCAUGUAUACACUGUCAGGUUCAAGUGCACUGGAUACCUGUGCUGCUUGUGCAGCCCCAUCACCUGUUUCUGAUACCCCUGAGGUCAGAGCUGCCAAAGAACAGUUCAUGGCCACAUUCAGAGCUGCCGAAGAGGCUGCUCGCCGCGCAUCUGUGUCCCGUGGUGUACUGCCUGUUCCCCCAGUGUUGGCUGUGCAUGCCCCAUCCCAUGUAGUAACAUACAGCACAGGUGCCCCUACCCACGGUUACAUUCUUUCUGACCGUCUCUUUGCUCCCUUCCAUGGACUUCCUCUUCAUGUGAAGGACUGCUAAGGAAAAAAAAAAAAAAAAUCCUGUAUGGCUGAUCUAGCUAUCAUCAUUUAUAGAUUCUUGUUACUUUUCCACGACAAAUGCGAUUGUAAAUAAAAAAAACUAAAUGAAUCAGAAUGUUAUAGAAUUAAACUAUUUCACACGAAAUAUUA